AUGUCAGACUCUGAGGAGCUGCUCAUGAGCAGCAGGGCGCGGCGUUCGAAUGCUGGUAACAAGAUGCAGAAACUUAUCGCUCAAGAACGUGAAGAAAUGCGAGAAAAGACUGCAAACUUGGACGACGAUGAGAUCAACCUUUUGUUCCAGGAAGAUGAUGAUGACGAGGAGUUCAGGGCAGAUGCAAAACGCAGUAAAGACGAAGAUGAGCGGCUGUCGGAGUCGGAGAGCGAAAGUGAAGGUGAAGAAGACGAAGAAGCUGGAGAACGGGAGCUGGAACAACAAGAACGUAAGAAACGUAAGCAAGCUCGCAAAUUUAGUGCGCCAGUGGUGAGAAAACGCGUUAAAGUAGACGAGGAAGUACCGAAACCGCAAUAUGAACAGCCAAAAGCUGAUAGUUUGCUUCAGGACAAUCGUAGAACGUCCAAGAGAUCAUCAGUUGUGGCGAAUAAGCUACAAAUAUAUGAAAAACUGGCAUUAGCAGAGAAAAAGCGUGAGAAGAUUCAGAAUCGACUACGGCAGACCAAAGCCAAGAUGGCUCAUGUCGAGCUUACUCAGGAAGACAGGCUUCUUCAGGCCGAGGAAACAGAAUUGAUUAACACGCAAAGUCUCACAAAGUUUAGAGAAGAAGAAAUCUUCAAAAAGGAGACACGAAAUGCGAUGAAUUUACGAAAGAAAGCCAAGUUUCAUGCUGGUGAGUUGAUGAUUCGGGUAGACACCAUGGCGUCAACAGUUACUCCCAUCAUGGAAAUCGAAGAUCGUCAGUUCUGGGAGCAACAACUGGGAAAACGACAUAAGAAGAAGAAAAAAUACACCAGGAGGAAGAAGCAGAAAGACGAAGAGACCAAUACAAAAAGCGCUGAAGUUGGGAACUCAGGUGUUGCGGACACUUCCCAGAAUUCAGUCGACAAGACGCAGGAUUCGUCCACUGCAAUCACCCAACAAAAUGAAUCAGAAGCUGUGAAAGGUGAGCUCGCAGGUGAAGACCAAGAGAGCCUUUCAUCAACACCGGUAGAUAAAGAAACUUCAUUGACAUUGCCGUGUGAUAGCGCAGAGGUAAAGCAGGAAGAUAUAAAUGGGCAAGUUGGGGCAAAUAUCCCAAUAGAUGCGCAGAACGAUUUACACCCUGGUGAUGUAAACAACUCGACGGAAGAAAGCUCUACUUUGGAGAAAUCAUCCGACAAGACGGUUGAGGCGAAAGAUUCAAAGACUGGUGGUGAUGAAGAGUCGAAGUCACAAAUGCAACUCGAUGGUAAGACCAGUUUAGAAGUCGUAUCACACUGCAAACAGGUCUCCUUUGCAGCAGAUGCUGAUUUGAGUACUUUCGAUCAAUCUCUACCUCCAAAUACGCCGAUGUCCAAGGAACAGUUGGCGGAUACGGAAUCUUCCCGUCAAAACUCCGAAGAGUUGUUUGAUGACGCGGAAGAAGAUACUGAAGCUUCUGAAGUUUAUGAAGGCCCUGAGCAACUAGUCGGCCGCAAUUAUGUCACCAUUUACUCCUAUCCAGAAGAUAACUCAAAAGUUCACGACAUAAGGCCUUUUCUCUUUGGAUCUCAAUGGGCCCAGCCGCUGAAUUCUCGAUCUGACAACGUCGAAACCAUUGCCAAAAUUUACAAUGAGCAAAACGAGGAUGAGUGGAUGGGUGUUAGCUCGUCGCUAAUCCCAGACACGUCUGUUUUUGAGAGCUUUCCCAAUUUCGGCGAAUACGAUAAAAAGCUGUCUACGGAAGUCGCAGAGGAAACUGACACUAAAUUGAAACUCGAGAUCAAGACCCCGGCUCCUGCUGGUGUCAUCCUACCCAACGGUGUUCGAAAGAAGUGUUUGAUCACCAACCGGGACUGCCAGUAUUUUGAUCCUAAGAAUGGUGUUCCUUAUGCCGAUGUCGAAGCCUAUAAAAUCGUGCAAGAACUUCAGGACCCUAUUGGUGAAGGUAAUUCCGAGGAAGAACCAUCGCCACAGUUUAAGUGGUAUGGAUUUGCGCGCGGUGGUAUAUUUUUAGAUGUCAAGCAGCCGGCUGCGAAAGGGGUACCCGAGGGCUUCAGAGCCUAA